AUGUUUAAUCCAUUAGACCAUUUUGUUAUUCCAAAAGGAAUAGAGGACAGACAAAUGACUUUAAAAGCAAAAUGUGUGCACUGUCCAACCAUGAUCUCUGGUAGUCUGAAAAUCACUUCAAAUUUUAUAACCCAUUUGAAGAGGAAACACAGAGAUGUGCUCUUAUCAUCAACAAAAACUAUAAAUAAAGAGGAGCAAACUACAAUUAGAACAUAUGUUUCCCGUCCAACUAUGAAGUAUAGUGUGGCUGACCCAAAGCAAAAACAAGGGCUGGAUUCUUUAAUAAUGUUUGUGGCUAGAGAUCUAUUACCAUUGUCCAUUGUAGAAAGCAAGCAUUUCCUAAUCAUAAAUGACCUUGACCCAAAAUUUCAAGUACCUAGUUGGAAACACUUGUCAACAAAACUACUACAAGAAAAGGCCAAAGAAAUCCAAAGAUUGCUAAUAGAGCAGUUAAAUAAUGCAGAACAUAUAUGCCUUACUGUUGACUUGUGGUCAAACAGAUCAAUGAAGGAAUUUCUUGGAAUCACAGCCAACUUCAUUCUUGAAUGGGAGUUAAAAUCAGUAAUGAUUGCGUGCAGGAGAUUUAAGGGCAGACACACAGAAGAAAAUAUUCUACAUGAAUAUGAGGAAGUUAUUUCUAACUUUGACAUCAAUGAAAAAAUAUUUUGUAUAAUCAGUGAUAAUGCCACAAACAUGGUUAAGGCAUUUAAUUUUGAUGUCCCUGGAUUCAGUUCAUCAGUGGUGAAAGACCUUGAAGAGGAACUCUUCUCAGAUAAUGAUGCUGAAGGCACUGAAGAUGAAGAAGAUGAACACCCCUUUCCAACCCAUAAAAGAUGUUAUGCAUAAAAGAUGUUAUGCAUUGU